UACAGUCGCAGGUAGAGUGUGUGGGAGUUUGACACGGGACACGGUGUUUUGUGCGCCUUUUUAUUUUUAUUUUUUCAAAGGACAGGGUCGCGCGUCCCUGUCGGGGUGUGCGUGCCUCCGCACCAAGCAGACGUCAGUUUGAGUGGGUGCAGGAGUGUGAGCAAGGCACGCAACUGUUCGUGCUGUAUGAGUUGGUGAUCCACACUGCGUUAAGGCCACUUAAUACAGCGUGGAAGUUAUUAAUCAGUGCUGUUAUCUGCUCUUUACUGCAUAACAAGCCUGCCAGCCACUGUGUCUCUGCUGUGGAAUCACCCAGACAGUUUAUAAAUGAGUUUCUCCUCGGUGCUUUUCAUAUGUAUCUGCUAUCAUCUCCUACUUAUGUUGGACUGAAGUGAUAUAAUAGAGAGAACCAGGCUCGAAUGAUUGCAAAGGCACUUUAUUUAUUAUUCAUCGGUAGCUUUUUACCCUGGAGCGGUUUCCCAUUUCGCACUGACCGUAUAUUAUCACAGUCCAGUGGGUACUUUGUUCACAUUUGACCACUCCAUAAUGUGAUUAUGUGCCAAUUUUUAAAGCAAAUUCUUAAGGUGUUCUGUAGCCAUAAUUAUAGCACACACAUACACAUACAUAUAGGCAGGCUACAUGGCAGCAUGCUUUGCAGACUGAUAUAAACUAGAGCUUGCUUUAUUUCAUCUGGUAACAAUGCUCCUGCAGAUUGCAUUUGUUCAACAGACUGACUGAUCUGAUGUCAGAUUAUUCCUUUGACUGAAUGAAUUAAAUAGAUGAAUAUCCUUGAAUAGAGUUUGCUGUGUUACGUUUGUAGGCAGUGCUUUAGUAAAAGCUGUAAGCUUUUGUUUCAGUAUUUACGAUGUUCUUGUGCAUUCUUAGCAGCAGCAUAGGAAGCAAGGCCCGGUGAUGUGAGGAUUAUGUCAUUUUAAGCCCUGUAUGGACUCAUUUCUAUGACAGUUGCAUGCAAGAAAAGGCUGUUAGAGGGGGUGGGCGGGUAAAACUCAGUGAUUUGCAUGUGCAUUAAAGCGUGCACACUUGUCAUGUGGACGUUAACACGCCUGCUCGCCCUUUUCUGUCUGCAGCUCCGAGAAGAGAGGUGAUGGCGGGUGCUCAGGUCACCGUGUCUUCAGAGGAGGUCAUGACUGCGAGGGAAGAGGAGGGAGAGCACAGCAGUACUGAGCAAAAAUCUCAAGUCCUCUUGCACCUGCAGCCCGUCCUGCAUGGGAUGAAUGAUGACAUUGCAGACACUGGCACUACAGUCCUGGCCAUAGAGACGCAUCAUGAUGACAGUGAAGCAGAUGGAGAUGAGGUUGAGUAUGGCUACCCCAUCACUUGCGGGGACAGCAGGGCGGUGCUGCUGUUUAAGAAGUUUGUGUGCCCCGGAAUCAACGUCAGAUGCGUCAAAUUCAAUGACGAGCUCAUCAGUCCUAAGCAGUUUGUGCAUCUGGCAGGGAAAGCUACUCUAAAGGACUGGAAAAGAGCCAUCAGGCUGGGAGGAGUAAUGCUCAGGAAAAUGAUGGACUCCGGCCAGAUAGAUUUCUACCAGCAUGACACCCUGUGCAGCAACACCUGCCACAGCACUAAAUUUGAUGUGCUGAUCAGCAGAACGCGGCUUCCUCCUGGGAACUCGGUGCAGCCGAGCCUGUCGUGUCUGGCUCUUGACCCUGUUGGAGGGCAGGUGUCUCCCGUGACAGAAGAUGCACAUAAGGCGGCAGAGGUGCAGGAGAGUUUGCAGGAUAGGAUUAGUGCAGCAGCAGAGUGGAGCAACGGUCCACGGAGGCUUCUAAACCCUGUAACAGCCAAUGGACAUGCUACCAAAAGAAAGCUGGCUGACGUACCUGACGGGGUGUUGACUCUGUGGAAGGGUGUGGCAGACUGCGGGAUGAUGGGGGAGGUCCUAUCCAGCCUCCAGAAUGAACUGUUCAGCACUUUUAAGCGGGUGGAGCUUCGCAGUGAGAACGGAAACCUGCAGGAAACAGAUGUCAUGCUGCUUAAUUCCUUGUGUGAGAUGUUUGGGCUUUUGGAUUCGGUGAAACAAGCCACAGACCUGAGGCGCAGCCAGACUGAAAAGAAAAAGAUCCAUAACAGUGUUUAUGACUUCGAUGAGCUCUCGGAGGACAAGGGGAAGCAGAGCUGUGAUAAAGGGACAUCUAAAAAAGCCGCAUCACUAAAACACCCUCGAACUCAGCGUAAAAGCAAGACGAGCAGCCAUCCCCAGAGCCCGCUGCCCUCUGUCAAAUCAGCCACAGCGAUCCAGCCUCAUUCUAUCACAGGUUUAUGUGCUGCAUCUUACCCUCAUCUCACAAUAAACCCUCAGCUCUUUGCCCAUUUCUCUGCCUACACCAGCCAGCGUUGUCAUGCUGAAACUGGCAGGACAGACAGGGAUGUCCACAGUGCCACGCUGGAGGGGGACCGAGAGAUCAGUGAGGCAGACAACCAGGAGAAGUUUCAUGGGCUGGGAAGGGAAGGCAACAAGAGAAAGGACACAUCAGGGAUCCACAAAGAACCUGGACAAGGGAGUGUAAAGUUUUGGGAGGGAUCUCAUGUUAGAAGGGACGAGGCGACAGAAGGCUUGCACGACAUUGAAAAGGUGAUUAUGGGGAGAAAGGCAUCAAAGAAACAUAAAAGUAAGUGAGGCAGACGACCCCAGAGGGAUUCUGCGGGACUAAUUGAGGGAAUGUGCCGGAAACUGAAAGAAGACACGGAGCGGAGAAACAAUUAAAAACAAUAUGACUUUGUCAAACUCUACUUUUUCCACAGUGAAAUAUGCAGUACAGACAGCGGUUAGUGGGGUUGUCUUCUCACACAGACGCUUUUUAAUGUUCUUAAAUGGAAAUGCUGGAUUUUACAGCAUCAGAGGUAAUACAACUGAAGUGACUCGUCGAUUAAGUGACCGACUGUCCCAAACCAUUGUUCGAGUCAUUAUGGGUGUCAUAAUAUGCCCUAUUUUGCAAUACGAAGAUUUAUUACUGCUUUUUGAGAUUUUAUAUGACACCAGCACUUAACAGAAAAAAUCAUUGACAUUUCAGGUGACAAUGAAGGUGUGCUGGUCUGGUUGUUUUUUUAUUAUUAUCACCCACAUAGUAUCAGUGUUUCCAAUCCUUUACAAGUCUGCCGUCUUUGAUGACACUCUUCCUCUAGCUGAACACUGUCACUAAUUAAUGAUAGAUUUUUUUAGCAACUUGUAAAAUACUUAUUUUGUUACUUGUGUUUUGCGAUUUAUAUCUUAUCGAUUUUGUGAAAUAUUUCUCACUCAGGCUGUGAUUAGGAUCCUGCCUGAAGAUGUAUGGCUCCCAGUUUCUAAUCACGCCCCUUACACUGAGUACUAACAAAUACAGAAUCUUGCAGUAACUAUCCCCUUGCUAGUUAAAAGUAAGAAGGGAGAAAUAGCCAUCAAAAUGACCUUGAGCGAUAAUGAAUGCAUUUUGAAUAAAAACCUUCGCAUUUUGAAUUUUUAACAGCAGCAGCG